UCACUAUCACUGCAGCAGCUGACAGCUGACACAACUCUCACACGCUGGCUUUUUACACUCUUCGAGCAAAAAAAUUGUGUUGAAAAUUAUUAGGAAAACGCUGGACUAGCAGGAAAUGGCACCGCCAGCGGCACGGGCUCGUUACAACGCCAACAAGGCUGACAACCAGAUUCCGACGAAGAAGCCACCGAAACGUUUAAAUGACAAAAAAAGAUGCUACCGGCGAAGCUCAAGUCACCAGCACCAAAAAAGAAAAGCGGUAAAUAGACAAGCGGCGACUGUGGCCAACUCAACGGAAAAGACGCCGUUACCAGCCACCCCUAUAAUGCCAAGUGUUCACACUGCCUUCAAGACGUUCGUUAGCGCCCGACUUUGUAGUGCCAUUUGGGCGUACAUUGCUGACUGUGAUGAGACCUUCAAUUAUUGGGAACCGCUGCACUACAUCAUCAAUGGCCAUGGCCUGCAGACCUGGGAGUACAGUCCGCAGUUUGGACUGCGUUCCUAUACAUAUCUGCUGCUUCAGGGCGUGCCUGGUUGGAUCUAUCAAAAGAUCUUUAAUCCGAGUCCGAUACUUAUCUUUUACAUGGUACGCUGCAUGCUGGGUUUUGGGUGUGCUGUCAUGGAACGCUUCAUGUACAAAUCAAUUUGCCAGGAGUUUGGCAUUCAUGUGGGACGGCUUUGGCUAAUUUUUCAGCUCUUUAGCGUAGGAAUGUUUGUGUCCAGCACCGCAUUGUUACCAUCCUCAUUCUCCAUGUACUUUGGCUGCUCAGCGUUGGCUGCCUGGUGGCAGAAACGUUACAGUUUGGCCAUCUUCUUUACGGCGAUUUCAGCGCUUCUUGGCUGGCCAUUUGCAGCGCUAAUUGGUGUGCCACUUGUGCUGGAACUGUUGCUCCGGCAACGGGAUUGGCGCACAUUCGUGCAGUGGACAUUGAUAUCGGGUGCGACGAUUGCACUGCCCAUGAUUGCCAUUGAUUCGAGCUAUUUUGGCAAGCUGACGUUUGCGCCGCUCAACAUUAUCUGGUACAAUGUGUUCACCAGCCAUGGACCGAACAUCUUUGGCACUGAGCCAUUGAGCUACUACAUCAUUAAUGGCUUUCUCAACUUUAACAUUAUUUGGUUGUUGGCUCUACAACUGCCCAUAAUGCUGGUCAUGGACUAUUUGAUUGUGCCAGCCAAGUACAAGUCGACGCUGAACUUUCCACGCUAUAUAUCGUUGGCACCGUUGUAUCUUUGGCUUUUAGUUUUCUUUGCCCAGCCACACAAGGAGGAACGCUUUCUGUUUCCGGUUUAUCCACUGAUAUCUCUUUGUGGCGCCAUCACUGUGGAUGUCUAUCAGCGCAUCUUCUUUCGCUUUAAAUCGCUGGUGUUCAAGAUCAAGGCGGGCAUUCACUACUUGGACCACAGCAUGUUCAUUGCCAUUAUCGUAAUGAUUGCCAGCACUUUGUUGGGACUUUCGCGUGUAUUCGCUUUGUAUCGCAAUUAUCAUGCACCCAUGGAUUUGAUGCUUGAGCUGAAUCAAUUCAAGGCGACGCCACAAUAUCGAGCUGAUGAAAUUUACAAUGUAUGCAUUGGCAAAGAUUGGCAUCGUUAUCCAGGCAGCUUCUUCUUUCCGGCGCGCAAUUUCCGUUUGCGUUUCCUUAAAUCGGAGUUCCGUGGCAUGUUACCAGCUUACUAUGAGGGUGGCAUUAAUGCCACUCAAUUGGUGCAUCCCUAUUUUAAUGAUCAAAACGUCGAGAACGAACACAUGUACUUUGAUUAUGAUCAAUGUCAUUUCCUAAUCGAUUUCGAUGAGGGCAAAUAUACGGAACUGGAGCCGAGCUACUCCAGACGAACCAAAGACUGGUCCAUUAUGAAGUCGUUGCCAUUCCUUAUACAAGAGAAAUCACAUAAGGUGCUGCGUGCUUUCUAUGUACCAUUCCUAACCGACAAUCACAUCAAAUACGGAGAUUUCAAUCUACUUAAGCGCAAAAAGACACGUAACGGUAGCUAGGAAUGACGAAAAAACAAAGAACGUAACGUGACUUAAUCCGUGACCAUGCAAUCCAGAGAGCAUUUCCAUGCAGCCGUCAUAAUCUGCCCAAAAUUGUAAUUAUUAUUUAUUUUGUAUGUCCCAAAAGUUCUGUUCUGUUCCUCCCCCAUUUCAAUUUUAGCAAAGUUUCUGAGAAUUGACCUGAUUUUAGUUUGUAAGACAAAAUCAUCAACGAAUUGCUUAAUUAAUUAAUGUCAUUAUGUGUUUCUACAUAUUAUUAUGCCAAAGCUGUAAAGAUUAUGCUGAAUCGAACUAGUGUUUAAGCGGUACUAAUAAAAAGAAAAGAAGAUUCUUAAA